GUCCACUAAAAGUAUCAAUGGCAGUGCGCAAUCGUCGUGAACGAGCACGUUUAACGGGCGCGUUCACAGACGACCUUGUUGAUGUUUAAUGAGUGCGGCUGCGCGAUAGCCCAAUGAUCUCGCUGUAGCUGACGCUACUCUUGGAGGAAAAACAAGAACCCGCCGACUUAAGCUAGCGGCCCAACACUUUGUAUUGUUUAAUAUCGAUUUGUAAAUUCAUAACAGGCUAAGGCGAGACAUUCAACAACAAUCCAGUCAGCGACGAGGCAACGUAUCCCGUAUGUGAUCGUCCUUGUCAUCGGACGCCGUUAGCAAAGGCCAAGCGACAAAAUCGUUUAUCUACAUUAUAUGAUCCAACGUCCCGAGUCAGGUAUACCCUCCAUGUGGGUGAGGGAGCUGUGUGUGUCAGACUAUGGCGAGAAAAACAGUUAGCAGGAAAAGAAAGGCAGGAGAGCCCAAGGACCAACAACAACAGCAGGGCUGGUGUCAGGCACCAUACAAGCGGAGCCGUGUCUCUUGUUCAUCGCGUCAUGUCCAGUGGUGGUGCAGUAGACACUCAGUGGUCUGUGCCCUCCGAGGCCGAGAGUUCAGACCUCAGCAGCAGCAUGAAUUGCAGCUCCAGCGGAGCCUGCGUGGUUUUGCUGCCGGCAGGCUCCCUGGCAUCCUGAAGGAGAGGGAGUUCUCUCUUGGGCGUCUCAACAAAGUAUUUGCCUCACAAUGGCUCAACCAACAGCAGGUUGUGUGCGGGACCAAAUGCAACACGCUUUUUGUAACCAACGUCAUGACUGGGCAGAUAACUCGCAUUCCCAUGCUCAAGGACAGGGUAUGUCAUGGUGGAGGUUCCGUGGUAGGAGCAGUGCAGCAUUACCACUCCACCGCAAGCUCUCAUUCCCGGCUGGACCAGCAGGGUUGUGGGAUCCAUGCUAUAGAGAUCAACCCCUCCAGAACACUCCUAGCGACUGGAGGAGACAACCCCAACAGCCUCGCCAUCUACCAGCUGCCCACACUGGACCCAGUCUGUGUUGGAGAUGAUGGCCACAAUGACUGGAUCUUCUCAAUAGCAUGGAUCAGUGACAGGAUGGCUGUUUCUGGUUCCCGGGAUGGCUCCAUGGGUUUGUGGGAGGUAACGGAGGAAGUAAUGAGCCAGGCGCAGCACAGUCAAAGCGAGGGGGCUGUGCCCUCUUACGCCCAUAUCUCGCACCGUGCACUCAAAGACAUCCCAAAGGAAUACACCCACCCAUACAACUGCAAAGUCCGUGCUUUGGCCUUCAAUAACAACCAUAAAGAACUGGGUGCUGUAUCUUUGGAUGGUUACUUUCACCUCUGGAAAGCUGAACACACCUUGUGCAAGCUUCUGUCUAUCAAGCUGCCUCACUGCAAAGAGAAUGUGUGUCUGGCCUAUGGACAGGACUGGUCAGUAUACGCUGCAGGAUCUCAGGCCCAUGUCUCGUUUUUGGAUCCGCGGCAGCCGACACACACAGUCAAGUCGGUCAAUUCCAGAGAGAGAGGAAGUGGGAUCCGUUCUGUGAGUUUCUAUGAGCACAUUGUGACAGUCGGCACUGGUCAAGGUUCGCUUCUCUUCUUCGACAUCAGGGCCCAGAGAUUCCUAGAGAAUCCUUUGAUUCCAAAUGGAGGCUACCGGAAGUGCUCGGGGGAUGGCAUUCUCAAGCUCACGACAGGGAAAGGCUGGCUGAAUCAUGAUGAAACAUGGAGGAGUUACUUCUCAGACCUUCAUUCUUUUCCUAACGCUGUGUACACACACUGCUACGACGACUCCGGCACCAAACUGUUUGUAGCAGGCGGACCGCUCUGUUCUGGACUCCAUGGGAACUACGCGGGACUGUGGAGCUAGCCUUGUCAUUACGAUAUGACAUCCUUGUCCACGUUUUUUAUUAAACCAAUCCCUCCAUUCCUCCCCCUCUUCGGCAAAAUCACUGUCUCUGAUGGACUCAGGAGCAUGACCUCGCACCAUCAUAUCACAGCUUUGAUUAUGCUGCAUCUUCGUGUCCACAUUUCAACAUCCUGUCUCCACUAUUCCUUCACUCCUUUCACCAAAGCCAAUCUUUUUUUUUUUUUAUUAACAUGUCUGUCAUUUACAGUCGUUUUAAGAACUGCAAAGUCUGCCACUGACGAACACAACGGAGGCUUUUAAAUCAUAACCAACAUUUCAUCAACUUUGAUUUCUUAUUGGCUUGAUAUAGUACGUCUGCUGCUUCCUCUGUAAGAUAUAAAUGUUUUUCACUUUCUCACUGAAAUGAAUGGCAAUACAAAAAGGGGGGGGAGAGGAAGGACUGAAGAGACAAUUUUGAAGGACUGGAGUGGUGUGCCGUUUUGACUUUUAAUAGGGAAUAUUUACUGGUUGGAACAGUUUCAGAUUCUGUCCCAAAACAAUCACAACUUGUUCUCAUCUGCAGCAAAAGGAAGAAAAUAGCCUAUCCAUUCCAAAUGGGACUUUUGAUGAAAAUAUUUGAGGUUGAAAUUAUGUAAAGGUGAAAUAUUUAGAUCGCUAAAUACAAUGUUCUGCAGUGACGCAAUCCCUCUAUUUCCAUCUCUGAUUUGACUGACAUACACCUGCUGUUAUUCUAAUUUGCUUUAUUUGUAUUUAUUGCCCCCAUUCACUGUCACCCCGCAUUCCAGUGGUUUGGGUUGAUAUGGAAUUUUUGAAGGUGUAAUGUCAUAUUUUGUCCCCCCUGCCCCCUCCAUGCUUCUGUUCAAUCUGAUCAGAACGCUUUCUGCAGAUUUGCACACUGUUGGUGUUCAGAUGCUAAGUCUGGUGUCACAAGAGAAGUGACACUGAUUUUGCUUUUGUUUGUGUUAGUGCUUGUCAAAUAAUACACAAGCAUUUUUUUCUUUGGCUGACACUCUUGUCAUUCUGAGACCCCUGUGGGACUAGGUUGACGAACCAUGGUUGCUCUGUAAACCAACAAGCCACCUAGAAGGAUAAAAAAAACAAACAUUGUUGGGAUUUACCCAGGAUUUACAUACUGCAUACAGUUUUCAUAACUUCCUUUUUGUAUCAAGGCGUGUUCUUUCUCAUGUCCUUGUUUGGUAGAGGCAGGGUAGGCUUGAGUUAAGCUUUUGCCUUGCUCAGGUCUUUCUGUGAAAGACUGCCAUAGACGAUUUUAAUUUUAUUUUUAUUUUUUUAAAACAUCUGAAGUUUUCAUGACUGAUUGAAAAGAUAACACCCACAAUUUGGAACAAAUAACAUCACACUGAAGUGUAUUUUAUAAUAUAAAUGUGUAUAUGUAUGUGUGAAAUACAUAGAGACACUCGCAUACAUUUUCUGUACAUUUCUGAGGAAGUGUGUGGUUUGAUGUGUAUGCCCUGUUCUUUUUAUACACACCACGUGAAUGUUUUUACUGAAUCUGGGAAUACAAGCAACUGCAUUAGGAAACG